UUAGUUUACUUAUAUACAUAUAAUGAAUGCCAUAUUUUAUUGUAUAGCUUUUGUCAUGUUUUUGGUAACAUUCAUUGGGUGCUCCGUCAAUGGUGCUAUAGUGUAUGUAGUAUUAGUCAAUAAACAUCUCCAAAAUGUGAACAAUACGUUUGUAGUAUCGAUGUGUAUUGAUGGAUUUCUUAUAUCAAGUGUCGGUACAAUAUUUACAGCAGCAACGAGUGUUAGGGGAGAAUGGAUUUUUGGAGAUUCAGUGUGUCAGCUGCAUUCUUUCAUAGUAUUUUUUCUUGGCCUUGCAAUCAUCGCUACUUUGACCAGCAUGGCCGUAGAAAAAUAUAUAGUCAUAAAAAAAGAAUCAAGAAAUAUAGUAACUAAACGAGUGUGCUUGUACAUAUUGUUUGGAUGUCAUUUGUACGGUUUAGCGAUUGCUUUAAUGCCAUUCUUAGGAUGGAACCAGUAUCAACUGGAAGGGUGUAACAUCACAUGUUCCUUAAAAAUGGACGGUAGCGAUGAUAAUUCAACUUCUUUUAAUAUUUUUAUGUUGAUAGUGGGAUUAGCGUUACCUUUGGCCAUAAUGGUAACUGUCUAUUCCAAAAUUAUAAUCAAGAUGAAGGAAAAGCAUAGAUCAAUGAACUUCAACACAUACAGUUCUCAUCGAAAGACAAUAUUAAAGAGAGAAAUGGCAGUAACAAAGACAAUCCUGUUAAUGAUAGGUGUUUUUAGUUUAGCCUGGUCACCUUAUGCCAUUCAUUGUAUAGUAUCCAUGAUUGGUUGGACAAAAGGAAUGUCUCCGUUUGUAGCAACUAUCCCUGCCUUGAUUGCCAAAUCAUCCGUUAUAUAUCAUCCAUGUAUUUAUAUUUCUAAAAACAGGGCAGUAAAAUCUGCUCUUCUACUACAUUUUAACUGCUUUAAAAAACGUAAUCGCUACGAUCCUAGAGUUUUAAACAAUUUGCCUUUGAAUGUGCGCGGUUUGCCAAUUCCGCUUCAUAAGAAAAUAAAAGCGACAGAAAUUGUGACGGUAGACGACGAUGGUGAUUUCUCAAAUACACCAUCAACCAGUACAGAUACUCAUGAACGUUUAUGUAAAUUUCUUGUGAAAGAUAAUAAAAAAUGUUCAGUUUGA